CUUUCUCGUCAUAACUGCAACACAUAAGCUGCAGCAUUUCCAUAGCGGCGGAAUAUUUGUAAUAAUAAAAGCGAAAGCUGUAUUUUUAAAUAUGAGUUUUGCUAACAAAGUGGUGAUAGUGACGGGAGCAAGCUCAGGCAUCGGCGCGGCGACGGCGCUGAUGUUCGCCAAGGAGGGCGCCGACGUGGCGCUCGUGGCGCGCACGCAGGGCAAGCUCGCCGCCGUCGCCAAAAGCAUCGAGGCGCUCGGCAAGAAACCCCUCGUAAUACAAGCCGACCUCUCCAAGGAAGCUGACACCGCCACUUUCAUCCUUAAAACGAUAAAACAUUUCGGAAAACUGGAUGUGCUCGUCAACAACGCCGGAAUGGUUUCAGAAGGAAGCCUAUUAGAUGGCAAAGUGCUGCAAGCUUACGAUGAGGUAAUGCGGACGAAUGUUCGGGCAGUCAUUCAACUGACUAGCCUGGCAGCGCCUUAUCUUGCCAAGACCGGGGGAAACGUGGUCAACAUCUCUAGCGGGGCAUCUCUGCGUCCGUCUAGUAAACCAACAUUUCUUCCGUACUACGUGUCUAAAGCAGCUUUGGAUCAUGUUACGCGUUGUGCGGCCAUGGAGCUAGCGUCUUCCGGAGUCAGAGUCAACACGGUCAACCCUGGGCCAGUAGAUAACGACUUCAACAACAACAAUGGUCUUGGAGAUCCGAAGGUUAUACGGCAGGCGCUAAUUAAGGCUACACUCCAAGGUUACUUGGCUACGAAUGAAGAAAUUGGAGGCGUAAUUCUGUUCCUAGCUAGCGAGAAGGCUAGGAGCGUCACUGGAUCCAACUACGUCAUCGACAAUGGCUGGACUAUGAAAAACUGAGCUGGUAUUAUAUAUAUAUAUAUAUAUAUAUAUACUUAAUUAUUUACAAUUUAUGAAUGGCCCCCUAGUGUAGUCGGGAGCACAAAUUAAUAAAUAGUCGGUAGUGACCCUUCCUAAUAAGCAGGAGGUCCCGGGGUCGAAUCCCGGUAUGGGCAUUUAUUUGUGUUUACCACAAAUAUUUGUUUGAUUUGUUACUGAGUUAUGGAUGUUAUCUAUUUAUUUAUCGUAGCCUGGUACUCAAAGCACAAGCUUUGCUUAGUUUAGAGCUAGAUUGAUCAGUGUAAGAUUGUCCCCAAAUAAUUAUUUAUAUUUAAGUAUUAAAUGUACAUAUGUCUAUUGGUUAUAAGAAAAUAAAUUCUCAUCAAUCU